CCGCCAGAAAUGCCGACUACAUAUUAACAAGCACGUGGCUUCCCCAAUCCCACUGGUUAUACAUACUGUCCGGUAAGCAAUCAUCUUCAAAAGCCUACAUAGUAAUGUAUGGACAUAAAGAAGACGAUGAGACACGAAGCACACGAAACACGUGGCGUCCAACGACACUCCUUUCCGCUGACCAUACAUACCUCUACAUACCUACCCCAAAAUUCCUCAACGGCUGCCGGCAUGGUUGGUGUCACGUCAUUGCGUGUGUUUCCGGUAGAUUGUCACUCACAGACUGGGGCUGGAAUGGGCGGGCGGGCGCGGGGAGAAGAGUCUGGGGCAGGCAUGUAGGGUAUGUAUGGGAACCGUCCUACAUAGUGGCGUUUUUAUUUUUCCUUGCUCCGCAUGAUGGCGGAGGCGAAGUAAAGAGGAAAUAUGUAAUGUAUGUAUGUAGGGUUUCGGCUUCGGAAGAGAGGGGAGUUACGGUUUCCGGGUUGAGUAUCCGGUGUGCCAGUCAGUAUUCGGGCUUGCACACGGGACGGGAGGCGACGCGUAAGAAUUCCUUAGCAGGAAAGCUGGAGGCUGACUGGACUGGACUGGACUGGAUUGGACUUCAGCCCCUCACCAUCGAGCCGCUCAUGGAUUUAGCAGGGUCAAAUAGGGUGACUUGGAUCGAAAUCUUGGAUCUCGGAAAGCCUGACUCGGCUCAAUGGCAUGGUUUGGGGUUUCGUGUGGUUCGUAUAAGAAAAAUAAGAUGAGAUCUGAGACGGGAUCGGGAUCGUGUGAGAGCCUUUGGGGGUGUGGUGCCUUUGGGUCUCAUUGGAGUAUGUACUUG